AUGGCGACCUGGAGGAGCGACUACCAGGAUGGAAAGUACAUCCACCUCACCUCCAAGGGGACCAUCAACAUCGAUGGGGCGCAGGCCUCCAUGACCUACACGCCCGAGGACUACAUCCGCCUGGAGCUGAAAGGAAAGGAGCUCAUCAUCUUCAAGAAUGGAGCUGCCAUCCACGCCUACGACCUGGGCUCGAGCACGUCUCUCCACGGCUGGUUCGCCCUGAUCUGGUUUGGGGACACGGGCUCCAACGAGCCGGGGGCCUUCGUGGAGCAAGUGCAGACUGGCUGCCUUCCCCCGCAGGAUGGUGUCGGCGGUACCUGCAUCCUUUGUCCUGGGCACGCGAGCAGGUGCGUCAAUGGCUCGAUCGCGCUCGAGUGCAAGAAUGACAUGUACCUGACGCGAACGCACGAGUGCAGCCCUGACUGCCCGCACGGGGACUACCCAACCGAUGGCUGGUACGGCGUAGGUGGCUACUGCACCCAGUGCCAUGAGAACUGCAACACCUGCGUGAAUGCCACGACAUGCCUGGAGUGCAAGAACCAGCACUACCUCACGCACGACUUCAAGUGCGUGCCCGAGUGUGCGAAGGGCUACUACGAGGUGAAAAGCGAGAAGUGGGACGAUGGGCUGGGUGGGCUUUGCAAGCAGUGCCACGAGAAUUGCAGCGCCUGCAACAGCGAGACCGAAUGUACGGAGUGCCGCCUCUACACCUACCGCACGGACAGCGCCACGUGCACCGACACCUGCCCCGACACUUACUACAAGAAUGGCACCGAGAUGAUUGGUGGGGAGUGCCUACCUUGUGGUGAGAACUGCUUCGAGUGCGAGAGCGACGUCACCUGCAAGGUCUGCAACAGCUCCUACUUCCUCGCCCGCACGGGCGAAUGCGUUGAGCACUGCCCGGACGGCGACUACGAGUUCGGCGCUGAGGAGCUCGGCCGCCAGUGCAUGAAGUGCCCCGACGACUUCAACAAGUGCAUCACGGCCACCUACGCGUCGGAAUGCAAGAACAACCUGUGGGCAAUGCAGAGGUGGGCAACACCUGUGCGAAGCUUGGUUCCACUGAUCAGCGCCAAACGGUUAGCCCUUGCUAUCGUGCCACUCAAGAAGGAGCCUGGAGUGAAGAAGGAGCCGGCAGUGAAGAAAGAGGCAGGUGCGGUCAUAGUCAUGGCUGACAAGGCCAGCCGAAACGAAAAGCAGCGCGAGUACGAGAAGAACCGAAAGAACAAGCAUCACACCCGGGUCGGAGCCGACAAGGUGCACGAGAUGGAGGCGAAGAUCAGCAAGCUGCAGCCGGAGAAUCGCGAGCUCCGCGAGCAAAACCCGAAGUGUGGAUGCGGAGGAGCUAUAACAGAAGGCAGCCGAUGUGGCAAAUUCCCACACUGCAAACCCCAGUAG